AUGUCGGCCGACGAUCAACAAUUUCUCGACUUGCUCUCUUCCCUGCCCAACCAGAUCCGACGGUACUCGACCGAAGUUGCCGAUUAUGUCGACCAGUCUGUCGAUAAAGUUGCAGACACCUUGAGGGACUCGCUUGCAUCUGCGCCAUGGCUGCCGGAUUGGAUGCCGGAGUACAUCAAGCCCAAGGCGCCAUCACGGCCCCCGCCCGUUACAAUCGUGCCUAUGACGACUUGCGAGCGAGUUCAAGAUUUUGUCCAGAGGCAUAAGAUUUUGACGGGCGUCAUGGUGGUAGCGGUGGGAUAUGUCACGUACAAAACAGUCCAGACAAGGAAGCUUUCGCGCAAAACUCGACGGGCGAAGCGGGCGAGGAACGGCGGGAGGCUCGAGGUGGUGGUCAUUGCCGGCUCACCGACACUACCGCUGACCAAAUCCCUGUCACUGGAUAUGGAGCGGAGGGGCUUCAUCGUCUACAUCGUAUGCAGCUCGAUCGACGAAGAGUUGUUGGUACAGAACCUGUCCCGACCCGACAUUAAGCCGCUCGCCCUGGAUAUCACCGACCCUCCCAGCGCCGGGACCUCCAUUGAGCGAUUCGCCGCGUACCUACAAGCCCAACAUGCCGCCGUGCCCCGCUCAAAACCAAGCUAUUUGACAUUGACGUCGGUGAUACUGAUCCCCUCGCUCAACUACCAAACCUCGCCCAUAGCCACCAUCCCACCCUCCUCCUUCGUGGACCUCUUCAACACGCACCUGCUGCACCCCAUCCUCACCAUCCAGGCCUUUCUGCCCCUGCUCACCUCAAAGCUCACCCCCUACGGCGAAACGAGCACCACGCCCAAGGUCAUUGUCUUCACGCCCUCGAUAAUCUCCUCCAUCAACCCGCCCUUCCACGCCCCCGAAGCGACCGUCUGCUCCGCCCUCUCGGCGUUCACCGACGUGCUGGCCGCCGAGCUGCGGCCGUUGGCCAUCCCCGUUACCCAUAUUCAACUGGGGAGUUUCGACUUCGCUGGCUUUAUGCCCGCGCGCACGGGGCCUCAUCAGCAUCAACCCGCGUCACUCCCGGCUGAAACGCUCGGUUGGCCUGACGCGGCACGGCAUACGUAUGGAAGGAACUACAUGGUCCAAUCCUCGUCCGCCAUUUCCGCCGGCCGCAUCCGCGGGCUGCGGGGUUCGUCAUUGCGGCAUCUGCACAAUGCCGUGUUCGACGUCAUUGACGGUUCGGAGCAGAACAGCGUGAUCCGAGUUGGGCUCGGGGCGGGCCUGUACGGCUUCGUGGGGCGUUAUUUCCCGAAAGGACUUGUAUCCUGGAUGAUGGGCAUCCGGAAAGUGGACGAGCUCAGUGUUUGGUCUCGGGAAGGCUCGUACCAGGAGAGCGGGAGCGAGAAGAGUUUUAGUGAGAAUGGGGAUGCUGGCGAGGCUAGCGAAUUUAUUGCCGUUGGGAAGGAGGAAGACGUUGGGGCUAACGUUUGGAAAGAUUAA